UCACGCUCUAAACCCAGACCUGCACGUGUUUGAACGGUUUCUGAGGGUUUUUCAAAAGCAUUUAACCUUAUUUGUGUCGCAUUUUCGGACAGCGGAGCUGGUUUUGGACCGUACGCGGACUCUUUAAAGUUGUUUAGCAGGUUUUCUGGUGCUUCCCGGAGCAGAAAGGGACAUUUUUCAUGCUAGUUUGGAUUUAGCCGAGCAGCUAGCGACACGCGCCGCUAGCUAACAUGCCCGGGCUUGUUCCAGUGACAGCGACGGAGACGCGACUUUAAAGGCUCGACAGCUGUUUUUAGUGAAUUAAAGAGAAGUCAAAUGGAUUACCAGUUUCCUCAGCGGCUGUUUCCCUCUUUUUACAACAACGGACCGCCGUCGUUUUCGGUGUCGAGCAGCGGAGAAGCUGGAGGAUGGGGCUCUUACGACGGAGUGUUGCCUCAGGGCGGUUCCAGUUCUCUGUCCAGCUGCACGUUUACAUCCAAACAUCAGGUCAGAGGGAGGACGUGGACCCAGACCGAGCCCGUGGUGGUCCCACUCUUGACUCCUAAAACAGCUUUAUUCUGUAAUUUGACGCCUCCAGAUCCGCUGGACUUCACCGAACAUAUGCAAAACUACUACUUGAACUACAGCCACGAUGCGUUCGGGUGCAUGAGCGACAUCCUGGGAGAACAUUUUUACUUUAAGUUCGGCAAAAAGUACAAAGAGAAACAUCGACGGGGUUCUGUCAACGUGUGGACGAUGAGAAACCAUAUCGAGAAGUUGAAACAUAAAACGUGUCACCAGAGGUUCCGCUCCUCCUCCCUCGGCUCGUACUGCGGCCUGCUGUCGGACGUGGUGCCUGACGUCCCCCCAGACCUGCUGGGCUCCCUGCUGCACGAGGAGCUGACGGAGCAGCGGGACCGCCUGCAGUUCUCCGACAGAACCACCGGGGGCGCUCUGGCCUUUGUCCCACUCUCACGGAGCGGGGGCUGCCUCGUGUGUCCUGGAGGACCGGGUCUGGACUGCCUCGCCUUCCACCGGGUGGCGCUGCGGCAGCACGGUGUGGACCUCCAGAGCAGAGCAUCUCACAGCUUCCAGCUGAAGGCUCCGGUCAGACAGAUCAGCCACGCCUCGCUCUUCAACGACUGUUGCGUGGCCGUGCGCUCGGAUUACCUCUGUGGAGUCUGGAGGGUCAGCGAAACGAGCGGACCUCGUCUGCUGCAGGUGGUCGGCACCAGAGAGGCCGCCACCUGCGUGAGCGUCAGUCCGCAUGUUCUAGGUGAAGUUCUGGUGGCGAGCGAGAGCGGGACGGCGAACCUGUGGACCGUCGGCCGAGGGCUGCAGAAGGUCCGAGCUGAAGACACCAACCUGUACUUCAACGCCAAAUCGUCGUGGCGGUGGUGCGAGUUCUCCGCUCAUCCGAGGGUGGUUCUGUACGCAGACAGAACCGGGUCGGAGCUCACUGAUGUCAGGGCGGCGCCGGGUUCUGGCAUCACUCUGUUUCGGAUCAGCAGCGCCUCUGAGUGCCGGAGCGGAGAACGCCUCCUUCAGUCCAGGUACCUGGGAGACGUGCACGCCUUCCAUCACCUCGUCACCACGCAGUAUUCGGCCUACGUCAUGGACGAGCGCUUCACGUGCGUGCCCAUGCUGAAGUUGAACCACAUGAUGAAAGCCCCGCCCAUUUUCUGUCAGGUGGUUCGACGCUCCGCUGGGAGUGAAGCCGCCGACGUUCUGUUCGGCUCCCAGAGUCCUCAGGAGGUCACGCUGCUUCAGUACUCAGGAGGACGAGCCACGGCCUGCUUCAGCCUCGGUCCUCCUCGGGCUCUCCUCCGACCCAGAGACAGUCUCAGACACCUCCCGGUUCAGAUCCCUCACCGCCUGGAGGUCACCACCAACAGACUCAGCGCACCUGCAGCUGGUCUGACGGUCAUCCAGGAGGACUCGGGAAGUGACCCGGGCGGCGGGGAGCGCGUGUGUGUCCUGCAGCUGACGGAGGCCGGAGAUGUCUUCUAUCAGGUCCUGGAGCAGAACCAGGACUCUGUGGACCAAGCUGUGCCACAGAGAGACGCCUCGGAGCCAGCCGAGCUUCGGCUGGUUGGGUCGGACACGUCGCGUGACGAGGAGGCGCAUCUGAAACGCUCCGAAGCUGCGGACUCCGACUCCUCCGAGGAUCCAGGAGGCCGAGCUCGGCGCCUCAAACUGCUGCAGCUGCAGGUUUUUGUUAACGACGAGCCCGAUGCAGCCGAUCCAAAGGAGGCUGCUGGAGGAGCCGAGGAGGACGGAGGGAGCUCCUGCAGGAGGAGGGAGCGGACUCCGUCGGCGCUCAGCAGCAGAACUCUCCACACGUGGAAGGUUUGGCUGCAGAAGCUCGUGCGCAGGAGCGGCAAGAAGAAGCUCGACUCGGAGCUCUUCACGGCCGAGCGCAAAGGUCUGCUGACGGCUCCUGACAAGGAGACGCGAGGAGCAGCGGAGGAAGACCUUAGGGAGGCGAUGAGGUCGUGCAUGUCGAGUCGCUCGCUGCUCCUCCACAGCUCCGACGCCGCUCCUGGCGUGGAGCCCGUGCCAAACGCCGUGGACCCCGAGGAGUGGACGGACGAGCUCAGCCGCCGGCUGAGCGUCUCCUGGCAGGGCGAGGAGGCGUGGAGGGCGUGGUGGCACGACCAGCUGGGCCUGAACAGGAAGUGGAAGACGGAGGCUCUGAAGAGGAAGAGGAGGCGGGAGAAGGAGGUGAGGAGAGCCGCGGGGCAACAGUUGGAGCUGAGCGGGAGCUUCACCUCCUCCGUCAGCUACCAGGUGGAGCUGGACGACUUCUCCAGCUCGGCGGGUUGGUCGUCGGUCACGAGCCAGGAGGCGUGGUCAGACGAGGAGGAGCGGGGGCUGCUGUCCCAGCUGGAGAUGGUUCUGAAGAGUGACCUGCCCUCAACGCCUGCUCACACUGAGACUGACUCCCCACCCCCCAGCCUGACCCCCACGCCUCUGAAGGAGGAGCAGCAAACUCCCAGCAGGCCUCGUGUCGCCCCCCCGUCCUCCACCAGACACCCCGAGACCACACCGUCCAGUCAGAGGACAAAACGUCCAGCCAAGGACUACCUGAGCUCUCUGAUGGACACACAGGACGACCCGUCACAAGAUGACCCGUUUUGUCCUCCCGGCGCCGCCUCGACCUCUCAGGCCCACAGCUCCCAGCCCGUCCCCCUGAGAAGUACCGGCUCGCUUUGGUCCAGAGACUUUCUCACGUCCCCGCAGGCGUCGCAGCGUCGAAGGGCGGCGUCUCAAACUCAGAAGAAGAAACCUCGGAUGGGAUUCUGAUCCGUUUGUCCGUCAGAGACCGGGUCUUUUGGAGUUUCUGGAUUUGUGACCCACGUCGGAGGUUUUUUAUUUUCACCCAGACUGGAUCUAAAGGACCAGACGGCGCCUGGAGGAGGAUCGUCUCCGAGUCCGGACUGUCUCUGUGUGGUAGGACUGAUUUGUCUCGUCUCUGUUUGAAGCGUGUUUCAGACCAGAACUGAGGAUUUAGCAGCUGGAUUUCUGUUUUUUGAGAUGAGCGACCCGUCGAGGCUUUAAUAAACAAACAAACAAAGUUGUUUAUGAUUGUUUGUGAGCU